AAAUGACUCCAAAUUUGGAAUAUGAAAAGUCUCCACAAAGUUUUUCCUCAAAACUGAGAAGUACAGAAAAUCAAGCCGCAAACCAUAAAGGACACACGUUAUCGCAUUUUUUGAAGAUUGUGGUGCAUCACACUCAAGAUUUUGUACUUGAAGAAACUCCAAGUAGCGCAUCCAUUCCUGAUGUUCAAUACAAGAUUGCCAAUCUGAAAUGCCCGAUUUGUAGUAGAGAAAAGUCAAACAACACGGAACUCCUAAGACACUACCUUCAACAUUUCAUUAAAAUUGAAGAAGCCAGAUACAUGCAAUUGGGAGUUAUUCACAAAGAUAAUUAUGCUUCUUUAAAAGAGGCUAUGAAUGUUCAAACAAGAAGUAGUUAUAUUAAAAAAAAAGUCGAAAAUUCCGAUUUCACACUGAACUGCUCAUUUGGCUCUCCGUUGGCAUCUUUUUUGGCAAUUGAGUCUUUGAAGAUUUAUAUGGACAAACCACCAAACUCCAAAUAUCAACGUAGAUAUGCACUAAUUGAAUUGAAGAGUGUGGAAAGAAGUUUCAAACUAUUUUUCGACUUCACAUGGAUUGAGAAGAACAUUUUCAGAUUCCGUGAAAACCGAAGACGCAAGCAGAAUAAACGAAACAACGUUGUGACAGUGAAGCCCAUGUUGCUACAAAAGAAAACGGUUCAGCCGAAUGUGAAUCGUCCAUCAAUCAGUUUUCAUCAGUGUCUGGCGCAAGCUUUGAUUUUUCCAACCGACUUAACUGAAGACAUUCUUCUGAAGGAAACCACACAAACCGCUUCAAAUGAACAGAAAACAAUAACAUCACAACCGGCAGCUUCUUCUAACGUGUUCAACAGAAACAAUUCCGACGAAAAUUUGCUUUUCGAGCUCAUGCAGGACACCAAAACUCGCUCGGCAAAAAAGCGUGUUCUCGAAAUCGUCAACAAAAAAUGAUUUCACAUUUUCAAAUCAACACGAAGAUCUCAAGUAAUUGCAAUAUCUGCCAUACUUUCGUCAUCUCAAUUUUGUGUCUUUUUUCAAGUGUCUGUUAAUAAUUUCUAUGUAUUUUGCACCCUGUGUUUCUUAAUUUCUCCUUUCUUCUUGUACUGCAGAUUUGUCUUUUCCAACUUAAUAACUGUGUGCAUCAGACAAUUUUGACUUUCUUGCAAUUUUAAUUUAAUGGAAGUUCGCAAAUUUAUAAUUAUCACCAUUCAUAACGUUUUAAAAAUAAAAUCGCGUC